GUGGUUUGUGAUAAAGAGAUGACAAUCAACAAACGGACUCGGGGCGCGACUCGCCCGCUUAUAUACCUUCACGUGACAUAUGACCUCCACGCGCCCGAUUAGGAAUUUUUGCUUUUUGACCUUACAUAAAUGCUUGUCCGCGCACUUGUCCGUGCACGCUGGCAAGAAACAGUUACCCUGCGCAGAUUCAUUCAGAGUCCAGGAUGUGCAAGAUAUUUGACCUCUGGAACUGAAGAGUCCGCGAAGAAGUCAGCGAAGGCUUCUCCCGAUGAGUUGACAUUACCGUUCUUGCAGCGUCCGCUCGGCGUGAAGGAGAGUCCUUCGUCUGUCCUGAAAACUUGGGCAGAUACUAGAGAGGAGAUGAUGAAUCAGGAGACGCGCUUGGCACAAAGAGAGCACCUGAUGAAAGAAGCUACGAAAGGCUAUUUUACUGACCUCAAUGCAACAAGGAGGCACGGUGGUAAGACGUGGAUAGCACCUAAAGUGAUGAUUCGUGAGGACAAAGCGCUUUAUUUCCCAAAUAUCGUCGGCUCAAGCCUGGACACGAAGUCCAAAAAACAUACAACCAGCAUUUGUGAAGGACGUAUCUCCGUGAUAUCUAUGUUAUCCACAAGGAUGUCAGAGAUACACGUAAAUGGUUUCACCACACCGACGAAUACGAGGUAUCUUUCAAAUCCACUGUACCAAUAUGUGCAGAUCAACUUGCAAGAGAACCUUCUGAAGUCCUUCCUUGUGUCGUUGUUUCUUUCAUCGAUAGCCAAGUCGGUUCCCCCAGAGCUACACCCGACAUACUUGGUAUCGAGCCAGAACAUGGAGUUCUUGCGCGAGCAGCUUGGUAUGGUGAAUAAACACGUCGGGUACGUCUAUCUCGUGGACGAUAACCUUAAGAUUAGGUGGGCCGGCUGCGCGGACGCCAAGGUAGAGGAAACAAAUGCACUUGAGCAAUGUACAGGAGUGCUAUUAAACAGACUAGACAAGAAAAGAUCUCCACGAUAGUACUACCUAACCACAUCGUGUCAACCACCUAUUCGUUAAAUUAUUACAGCAUAUAUUUUGACUUUGCAAAAA